AUGGUUUAUUUCUUAGCAGAUGGUAUCUAUCCAAAGUUGACUAUAAUUGUACAAGCUUUCAGUCAGACAUUGGACAUUCCCGAGUAUGUGAGAUUCAACAAGUAUCAAAUGGAUAAAAGAAAGGAUGUCAAGCAUUCUUUUAGAGUACUCCAAGAUUGGAGCAGAGUUUUUCCUGUUCCGAUUCCGGAACCUACCAAUAAUGGUCGUGUAUUUAUGUCAACUCUGAAAAACCUAGAAAUGCACCUACAACUAAGAACAGAUCUUGUCAAGCACAUUGCUGCGCGUCCUGGUAGAGGAGGCCAGGCAGCAGACUUGUCUAGUUUGGAGGGUACAAAUAUGGAAUACGUGGUACUUCCAUCAUCAUAUGGAGAUUAUGAUGAUACAGAUUUAAAAGAAGAAGUUGUUCAUGGUCAAAACGAGGAUGGUGCAUUUGAUUAUUAUGGAGAUUACAAUGAUCAAAUCCCAGAUGAUUUUGAACAUGCAUUUGAACAUGUUUAUAGAGACCGGCAUGUAGAAGAUGAAUAUGAACAUGAUGGAGAUGACGAUGAGGAUGACGAAGAUGAUGAGGAAGAGGAAGAUGAUGAGGACGAUGACGAUGUUGAGGAUGAUGACGAGGAGGCUGCAUACAAUGGUGAGGAUUUCUAUGAUGAUGUUGAGUCAGAGGAUGUAUUAUAA